AUUAUAUGGAUUUUCACAAGCUUCUACAACUUUCUCGCACUAAAAUUCAGAGUUUUUUUUUUUCUCUCCUCUCCCUCUAGAAAAUUCGGCCACCAUCCUCCUAAGCCCUAACUCCAUCAAAUUUCACAAAUUCACCAUGAGAUCAUGAAAAAUGCUCUAAUGGAUUCUUUGUAGAGCUCUAACCAAGAAGCAAGCUUCAUAAACAUUUAUUCUCCCUCCAAUUUAUCUUAGCCGCCCUCUCCUCCAUCCUUUAGAACUAUGGGGUUCAAGUUUUGAAGUAGAAACUCAAAGUUGGAAGCAAGGAGAAGUGUCAAGAUUGAGAUAUUAUUUUGUGAUGAACAGCUUAGGAGAAAUAUGAUAUUCAGGUUAUUGGACGACAUAAUGGUUCGUGAUGAAUAAGCAGAAGUCGCUGGACCAUACAAAGUUCACGUCAGUGGUCUUAUUUCAGAGGAAAUUUUUAUAAUUGUAAUUUUAAAGUAUCCAAUGCCAAGUUUAACACACGUACUAGAUAUCUUAGGAAAUGUCUAGUAGGGGUGUUACAAGUCUUAUACUAUCGAACAUGUGUUAAUUAUGAUUUAUGAAACAGCAGUGCUAUAUGUCCAGAAUUACAACUUAGCGAAUUUACCGCGAAGAAUUUCCCACAUUAGAUUAUCCUGGGGAUAUAAAAGAAGGUUCAGCUACAGUAAGCAGUAAAUGGAAUACUAUUCGGGAUAAACUCACGUUAAAUAUUGUCAUGAACAACGUUUUCUUUUCUUUUGGUAGUAACGGUGUUUCGUUGCGGCUGUGACAGCAUUUCCUCGUGAUCUUUUUUCACUCUAUAAUAAAAUCGGGGGAAACGGUAACGGCAACUACCAAUACCUUGCUGUCGCGCUCAUUCUCGUCGAGGGACCUUUUUUUAAAAAACCUUUAUCAGGACCAUAUGAUGCUUAAGAGCCAAACAGGAAAAUGACACAAGAGUUCAAUUUUCUAGCGAACCCCAUUGAAGAGAAAUCUAGAUUAUUGGAUCACCAUUUCCAAAGCAUCACCAUCGCUAUGAUUUGCUAAAAAUAUGUUAAUUAUCCUAAAUUAGAAUUUUCGUUACUAUAAAACACUCCAACACCUAUGAAACCAAACACACUCCCGUCAAACCAAGGAACCCUAAUUUAAAAAAAUGAAUUCUUCAACAAUUUGUUCCAUGUUCCUUGGUUUGAUCCUAAUUUCUCAAUCACCAUUUGCAUCAAAUGCAAGACUUCUUGGUUUAGGAGGAGGAGGAGGACCAUUAGUUUCCUUAAUUUGCGCUGCUUCAUCCAACAAGGUAGAAUGUAGCAAUGUUCUAUCGAGCCCACAAAUAGCGCAAGCCAAGGAUAACAAACAACUCUCAAUAGCUGUCGUUGAAAUCGCCAUAAAAAAAUCUGUCGAAGGACAAGCUUUUCUUAAAGGAUUGGCACAAAAAAAUCCAAAACUUGAAACAUGUGCAGGUUUUGCUUAUGAUGGAGUAGUAGGGUCUUUCAAAAGUUGCUUGGGUGAAAUCACUGAGGAUCCUCAAACUGCUAGUUAUGAUUGCAAAGUUGCUGUUGAUGGACCUACUCAAUGUGAUAGAGUAAUGGCUGAUGAGCAUAUUGUUAACCCUGCUAUUACUGCUCUUAACAAGCAAAUCGCAUUCCUUAGUGAACUUGCAUCCAAAGCCGUUGAUAAACUUUAAAUUGCAUUCCUUGUAUGGUUGUGUUAUUUUGGGUAUACUUAACCCAAAAUGAGAAGAAGAUUGUGAUGGUUAA